UCUGGGCCAGUAUUAGCAGAACGAAAAGAACUUGGUACAGUGCGGAGCUAAGACUCAUAUUGCUAGCGAAGACUAGGCUUAACGGGUUGAAAAUGCUUUCCCGUUGUGGGAACUGGCUUUUACUUUUGUCACUUUUAACAAUACUAGGAAAAACAAGAAGUACUUAUCACAACCCUUACAAUUCAGCACCAAGUUCUGGUUGUAAUUCAUUAAUCGAUUCCAACAGCAAUGCGAAGUUUACUGCAUCUUCGAGUAGCGUGGGGCCUGGAUUCCCAGUGCUUGAUGGCGAUGAUGUGUGGUGUGCGGGUUAUAUCAAUGAACACCAAUAUCUCGAGGUCGAUUUAGGUGCUGUAAUGUUUGUAGACCAAGUCUCUAUACAAGGGAAACCAGGCACGACAAAAUCAGUUACUCAAUUUUACCUAAAGACAAGUACGGAUGGUGUCUAUUUUUCUUACAUCGUUAACGGAUCACACCCUGUGGCAUUUUUUGGCCCUCUCUUCGCUGGUGAUGAGGUGGAAACUACGAACAUGACCACACCUGUACAAGCUCGAUAUGUGCUGUUUAAUCCACUAGAACCGCUUACUCCUGGUGACAAUCAUCUUUGCUUGCGAGUGGACAUAGCGAGCUGUCAAAAUGCGCCAACUCCAAUCGAUGGUCAGUGGUCGGCUUGGUCUAGCUGGGGCGCAUGCUCCCAACAGUGUUACGGUCAAGGCUCUGGUAUUAGAAGUAGACACAGAAAUUGCACAAGCCCCGCUCCAGCGUUUGGAGGCCAGCCAUGUCAGAAUGGACAUUCUUCAGAGGACCGGUAUUGCCGCAAUAACUGUCCUGUUCAAGGACAGUGGGGCCAUUGGACGACUUGGUCGUCCUGCAGUAAAACAUGCGGCAAGGGGACGAAGUCUCGGACACGGGACUGUAACAAUCCUGCCCCAUACGGCGGUGGGGCAAAUUGUGUGGGCACUGCACUGGAGAAAAAGAAAUGUGUGAAUAGAAAAUGCACAAUUGAUGGUAACUGGACUCAGUGGUCCAACUGGUCUACGUGCAGUUUGACCUGCGGGGGAGGGAUGAGGUCACGUAAUCGAACUUGUACUGACCCACCCCCGAGAAAUAGUGGCAGAACAUGUGUUGGAGAAGGGACUGAGCAGCAGCGAUGCAAUACUCAAAGCUGUCCAGUGGAUGGUGGAUGGGCAAACUGGACACCGUGGUCAACAUGUAGUGUCACAUGCGGACAUGGAACACAGUCGAGAACGCGGGAAUGCACGAACCCACCGCCUUCCCACGGCGGUGCAAGAUGCGCAGGGCGUAACUCAGAUGUCAAGGCCUGCAAUUUAGGAGCCUGUCCAGUGGAUGGUGGGUGGACAAACUGGGCUCCGUGGUCAUCAUGUAGUGCCACAUGCGGAGAUGGAACACAGUCGAGAACGCGGCAAUGUACAAACCCACCGCCGUCCAACAGCGGAGCAGGAUGUGCAGGCGAUAACACAGACAACAAAGCCUGUAAUUUAGGAGCCUGUACAGUCGAUGGUGGGUGGACGAAAUGGACUCCGUGGUCAUCAUGUAGUGUCACAUGCGGAGAUGGAACACAGUCGAGAACGCGGCAAUGUACCAACCCACCGCCGUCCAACAGCGGAGCAGGAUGUGCAGGCGAUAACUCAGAGAAUAAAGCUUGUAAUUUAGGAGCCUGUUCAGUGGAUGGUGGAUGGACAGACUGGACUCCGUGGUCAUCGUGUAGUGCCACAUGCGGAGAUGGGACACAGUCGAGAGCGCGGCAAUGUACCAAUCCACCGCCUUCCCACAGCGGAGCAGGAUGUGCGGGAGACCCCUCAGUGGUCAGAUUCUGCAAUUUAGGAGCCUGUCCAGUUGAUGGCGGUUUCUCUCAAUGGACUCCAUGGAGAGCAUGUAGCAAAUCUUGUGGAGGAGGAACAUCAGUCAGGACUCGUAAGUGUGAUAGUCCGCCUCCGUCCCCUGGUGGCAAACAAUGUACUGGCAAGACAUUGGAAUCUAAAGACUGCAACACCCACGUCUGCCCAGUGGAUGGUAGCUGGUCGAGAUGGGCCGACUGGACAGUGUGUGACAAGACUUGCGGGGGUGGCAAACAAUCCCGAACUCGUCUUUGUGACAGUCCAGCCCCUUCCAAUGGCGGAAAACCAUGUCCUGGGUCCAGUACGGAAAACCGUGUAUGUAAUGACUUCUCCUGUCCAGUUGACGGCAAGUGGUCGCAAUGGACCACUUUUCCGUGUAGUGUUACUUGUGGGAAAGGAAAACAAAACCGCACACGAACUUGUACCGACCCACCCCCCUCGGGUAGUGGAGAUGAUUGUGUGGGUGAUGACAUGGAAACGAUAGAUUGUAACAAAGAAACUUGUACAAUUGAUGGUGAAUGGUCUCAAUGGACAAUGCUCCCGUGCAAUACCGCUUGUGGACCAGGACAACGAAAUAGAACAAGAACCUGCAACAAACCAUCCCCCUCGGGCGGCGGAGCUGACUGCACAGGAGUCGCCUUGGAAACUGUAGAUUGUAACAAUGGACCCUGCGUAGAUCCCGAUAUACCAAAAAUCGACCUAGUGUUUGCCCUGAGUGCGACAUCGGGGAACUCGGUGCAAUCCUAUGAGCUUAUGAAAAGUACAAUCAAGACAUUCAUUAACACAUAUGGCGUCAACAAAGUACAUUACAGUAUCAUCGUGUAUGGAGCCUCUGUUAUCAGGGUAGUUAAUUUCAACAAGACCUUCCCCAUUAGUGCUAGUGACCUCAAGGCGGCUAUUGAUAGGCAACCCGCCCUUACCGGCGGACCGUUCCUUAAGGGUGCAUUGCAAGAAGCUUUUAGAGUCUUCGAAGAAACAGUGGGACGUCCUGGUGCCAAAAAAGUAUUGGUAGUUAUCACGGACAAAAAUUCUGGUGCUCGUCCGAAUACUUUGGCCACAGCGGUAAGACCGCUGGAAGAUAAAGGAGUUCUGGUGAUUUCUGUUGGGAUAGGGGAAGCUGUGGAACGAAGUGAACUAAACGUUAUUUCGCCUAAUCCCAUGGAUGUUAUAUCUGCACGAUUGAAUGUCAACCCGUCAGUACUGGCUGAAAGGAUUAUGGACAGGAUCCUGAAACGCAAUAUUCCACUCGUUGACGUCGGCUUCGCCAUAAGUGCAGCCUCAAUCGAUUCUGACUACAUUUUUACUCUGAUGAAGCGAAUAAUCAAUACCAUUAUCGAUCGGUAUGGCGUACUGAAAGUCAGGUUCAGCGUCAUCGUUUACGGUAGUAAAGUCACCACAAGGUUUACAUUUGACAACCCAAAGUUCACUCAAGAAGAUCUUAUAAGAGCCGUGAAUAACACCGCCAACGUGCCUGGAACUCCAGACCUGGAGAAAGCGCUAAAGGAGGCCGAAACACUGUUCAGAAAGACGUCCAGGCCAAAUGCCACCAAAACAUUUGUUGUGUUGUCGGAUGUUGUAGCACGCGGAAACGAUAAUGCACUGAUUGCCCUCGCUGCUAGGUUAAGAAAAAGUGGUGUCCUUAUUUUGUCGGUGGGAUUUGGAGCUAAAGUCGAUCAGAUUGGUAAUCAGAUGAGUAAAGUGGUCAUCACCAGGAGUGAUUAUAUUGGAAUUCCAGACUUUAUCACCAAGAGACCCGUGGUUGUAGCGGAGACAAUCAUGUUUAAGGCGCUUCAAGCUAACAUUCCAGAAAUCGACCUGACCUUUGCCCUCAGCGCUACUUCUGUUUCUUCGGAAAGAACCUUCAACUUAAUGAAGUCGACAGUAAACAGAAUCAUCCAGCAGUACGGCAUUACCCGAAUCCACUACAGCGUCAUUGUCUUUGGAUCCUCGCCAACAACGCACUUUGAUUUCUCAAGAACCUUCCCAAACAAAGACGACUUGAUUCGCGUAAUAAGCAACCUCCCAAAGAAAUCUGGCGAUCCUGACCUGGCCAAAGCGCUGGAAAGCGUAUCGAAAGUGUACGAGUUGAAGCAGGUGCGGCCCAACGCCAAAAAAGUUGUGGUAGUGAUUUUGGACAAAAAAACUGUCAAUACAGCUAAGGAGUUGAAUAAGAACGCCGUCUUCCUUGUAGACAAAGGUGUUUUGGCCAUAUGUGUUGGCGUUGGAAGCUCGACUGAUUCCAAAGAAUUACAAAUAAUCACGGAGGAAAAGCGAAAUAUUAUUGAGGUGGGAAUUGCCAAAGACCCAAAUGAACUAGCAAAGGAGAUCAUGGCUAUCAUUUUAAGAACUUCCGGUUAUGGGCAGUGGGCACAGUGGAGCACAUGUUCAAAAACAUGCCGCUAUCUUGGAGUGGCGGGAACUAGAAGACGUACACGCAUUUGUGAAAUUCCAGAACUGGGAUGCGAUGGUCCCGAGCUGGAAGUAAGAGAAUGCAACACGGAAGACUGUCAAGGAUGCCAGGAAAGAGUCCCACUCAACGACACAAACUACAGUGCUUCGUCUGCAAUCCAACCAGCAAGGUUUGCACGACUGGACACCUCCAACCCCGGUUCAUCCCGGCGGGCCUGGUGUGCUAGCCCACGAGUUGCCGGCAGAUAUCUGCAAAUUGACUUAGGAGAAACAGUGGAAGUUUACCAAGUCGCCACCAAAGGUCAGGAGGAAAGUAAUCCAAGUUGGGUUACAAGCUAUGUCCUGUCGAUCAGUGAGGAUGGCUCAUCCUUCGUCAACUACACGCAAGGUGGACAAACUAGGGUAUUUUCUGGCAACAAAGAUUCAAGUUCUGUUGUUUUUAACAAAUUAAACGCUACCACACCUAUUCAGUAUGUCCGAUUCUAUCCCAUCUCAUUCAACGAACAGCCUUGCCUGCAAGCAUCGGUAUUUGGUUGUUCUGCAGUUAUCAUACCACCCACGGAAGGCUUUGCAGCUGACGAUGAUGACGCGGGGCAGGGAAUUUUGAUUGCUUUGUGGAUAUUAGCUGGAAUCCUUACUUUUCUCCUUCUUCUGGCCUGUUUGUAUUAUUGCUGUUGGCACGUUUGCUGCAACAAAGGAAAAAAGAGAAAGGGUCUGGCUGCCUUCAAAGACACGUCCUCCGAGGAUGGUUACCUUAUUGAAGAAGACGGCAAUAAAGCGUGGAGGCUGCCAGCCGCUGCUAUGGCACCAACAGUGCCCAGAGUCAAGACUCCUGAAGAUGAAGUCCAAGAGGUGUCCAUAGAGAUGACAGAGGACGUGAAGCCUUUAGGAGUCAUCCAAUUCGGCAUCGAGACUGACGAAACCAAAGAUAAGCACGUGACCGCCGAAGAAGUUCACUCGGAGACACCAAAGUAUUCUCAAGAGGUCGCACAGAUCAAAAGUGGCGCGGAAAUGAUGACAAUGAGUUCCACGGAUACAGGGUACAGGUCUACUGAGAGGAGACGUCACAAGAGUGAAACUGCUGCAUCGAUAGGCGAUGCUGGCGCUACCUCUGCAGAAUGGUCGUACCGAACAGAACAGAAACAAAGUUCUGCCUUUGAUAAUGGAGCUUACAUGAGAUCUCAAGAAUUUGUAACGGAGCAAUCAGAGCCUUCACAAACUCGUGCACGAAGGCAGGAAUUAAAACGCUCUCAAAGCGCGGAUGAACUUUCCACCUCCAACUAUGCCAUGUUUGAACAACGGCGUGGGUCAUCUCAGCAAGUCGUAAGAGGAGAGAUGGGUCGUGACGGCUACAUGAGAAUGAAGGAAACAAGCCAGGAAUCUGUUGACGUGACCGACGGGAGAUUUCAGAUGGGAACCAUCGACGUGGCCAUUGGAGGAAUCGGGACACCGGAUACCCGUCGGGGAUCUAGCCAACUCUACGGAAUGGAGGAACAGGAAAUGUCUUUCUCGGCUGACAACGGGGGACGUAACGUCUAUUACCUAGAUGAUGGAGGAUACCGUACGGAAGAGUGGUAUACCCGGGGAGGAAGACGACCCGGUCAGUUGAGGAAUGAAGGUUUUAGGGAGAUCCACGUGGAGCAUCAACCGAUCUAUACCGAAAUACAACCUGACAGCGAGUUUCAGGGAGUCAGGCACAGCCGGAUAAUCUGAGAACAAGUUAUUUUCCCCUGGAAGAACACAAAAAUAAUUUUCCUGGCAAUGCAGUGGUUUAGAUGCGG